AUGGGACAAAAUUGUGAAGAUCCUCAGAACUCCUGGGCACCAGAGCACCAUAAACUGGGUUCUCCAGAUAUUUCAAACAUUCUGGGGGAUCAUGAUGCUCCUUCAGGAUUUGAACCUCUUGAACUCAACAACCCCAUACCAAGGAUUCAAGAAAGUAACGCACUUUAUCUAGAACUAGAAAGGCUUCUACAAUGUGAUGAGAAACAGACAAAUAAUUCUGUGCAAAUUUUUUCCUCUGUUAGAUCAAUCUUAAAUCAAAGAGAAAAGUGGGACAAAAUAAUCAAAGAACUUGACCUCAUCAACAAUACUUCUUUUCAUACUUGGGACUUGAGAUCAAAAACUGAAGGCAGAAUCAGUGAACAAUUCUUGCAAGAAUUUGUGGAUCAAUGUUUUACACACAUGAAGAAAUCAGCCAAAAAGUACCCCCACAUUGGAGAACAUUGGGAGAAAUUCAAAGUAGAGGGUUCUCCUGCUCUAAAAUUACCAGUACUAGAUAGACAGGAUUUCUUCAUACGGGUUGUGGGUGAAAAAAGGGCUAUGAGACAAAGUCCAAGUUACCUGAAGAUGAGUCUCAAGAACAUCAUCGAGUGGCUCAUUCUAAUCGAUAUGGCUGUUUUAAAAGACCUCAAGCUGGUAGAACCCAACCUUGAUCAAUCGUCCUCAAACAGAGAAUUGUCAAAUUGGCUGUUUGAUCAAGCAUUUAAACCUCAGAACAGCUUCCCUGUCUUUGGAAUGCUUGAAACAACACAUCACUUGAAGCCAGUAAAAGAGUUUGGGAGAAUCCAAAAGAUUUUGCUGGAACAACUAUCGAGGCACGACCCUGAAGAAGAUUCCCUUGAGGCUUCUAUCCUAAUCAUUCAAUCAUGGUACCCCCAGAGAUAUAUCUGCUACUAG